ACGCACGCGCGCUGUUUGGUGAGGGGCCAAGUUUGGUGGUGACCAUGGAGAGGACGCCGUCGUCGUGGUGCAUCCUCCUGUGUGUCGCCGCCGCUUCGGCCGUGGCGGCGGCGGCCCCGCUGCCGCAGUACUACAACGCCAUAUUCAGCUUCGGCGACUCCUUCUCCGACACGGGCAACUUCGUCAUCAUCAACUCCGGCAAGCUGCCCAACAUGCCCAAGUUCCCGCCGCCCUACGCCCGCUGCUCCAACGGCCGUCUCGUCAUCGACUUCCUGGCCGAGGCGUUGGGAGUGCCGCUGCUGCCGCCGUCGGCGAACAAGGGCACCAACUUCAGCCAGGGCGCCAACUUCGCGGUGAUGGGCGCCACCGCUCUGGAGCUCAAGUACUUCCGAGACAACAACGUGUGGAGCAUCCCGCCGUUCAACACCUCCAUGAAGUGCCAGCUCGAGUGGUUCCAGGAGGUCAAGGAGACCGUCUGCUCCUCCCCGCAAGAGUGCAAGGAGUUUUUCGGCAAGGCGCUUUUCGUGUUCGGCGAGUUCGGCGGCAACGACUACAGCUUCGCGUGGAAGGCGGAGUGGAGCCUGGACAAGGUGAAGACGGAGAUGGUGCCCAAGGUGGUGGAGUCCAUGAUCGGCGGCAUCGAGGCGGUCCUGGAGGAGGGCGCGCGGCACGUGGUGGUGCCGGGCAACCUCCCCGCCGGCUGCAUCCCCAUCACGCUCACCAUGUACGCGUCCGAGGAGCGCAGCGACUACGACCCGCGCACCGGCUGCCUCAAGAAGUUCAACAGCGUGGCCCUCUACCACAACGCCAUGCUCCGCAUCGCCCUCGACCAGCUCCAGCGCCGCCGCCCGGACGCCCGCAUCAUCUACGCCGACUACUACACCCCCUACAUCCAGUUCGCCCGCACGCCUCACCUCUACGGGUAUAAGAGGGGCGCCCUGAGGGCGUGCUGCGGCGGCGGCGGCCCGUACAACUACAACAUGAGCUCAUCGUGCGGGCUGCCCGGCGCCACCGUGUGCGACGACCCCGACGCGCAUGUCAGCUGGGACGGCAUCCACCUCACCGAGGCGCCCUACCGCUUCAUCGCCAACACCUGGCUCAAGGGCCCCUACGCGCACCCGCCCCUCGCCAGCGUCGUCCGCGACGACAUGGUCUAUUAACUAGUAACUCUUAUGUUAUUAACACACACACACACACACACACACACACACACACACACACACACACACACACGAUGAUCCUCCAUGACUAAACGUCCGUCCGCUUUCUCUACGUGUGAACCACGCCACGCCUUCAUACAAUUCCGUGUGCGUGUUUUGGUUUGUAAUAUUAUGCUUAGCAAGUUACAUAGGCCGUGUCACGGGAAGGUGACCUCCGAUCUUUCUGACGCCGGUACCGGAGAGGCGCCAGCCUCUACUGUCUUGAUAUGAUGAGUUGGACACAUUGUAAUCAUUGGUUGUAUAUUGGCAAGUAAAUCGAUUAGGUUUUUUGUUCUUGUUGUUGUUGUUGUGUCGGCUGUAAAUUGUGAAAUGCCUUCUCCGUGUUACAGAUGAACAA